AUGGAGAUAGAGAAGGGGCUCAGGCUGCGGAGGCUGGAGCAGGUCCGCCAGCAGAGUCGGCAGCAGGCGGCGGCGGUGCGGGAGGAAUACCGCAGGCGGCAGGCGGAGAACAAACGGGCCGCUCUUCAAGAAUCUAAGAGACAUUUCGAAGACAACCGAGCUGCCGAGCUGCUGAGCUUGAACCAGCAGCUGCAGGCAAAGCUUCUGGAGGUGGGUACGGCGCAUCGGAUGGCGGCGUGUAGCACGCUGGCGAGGGAGGGAGAAGAAGAGAGGUUGAGGGCGAAGCGGUCGGUGAGUGCGGAAAGGCGGCGGAAUAGAAACCUGUUGGCGGCGACCAAGAGGGAGACGGAGCUGAGGGAGGCCAGGAGGGAGAGCGACUUGGCCCAACAGCGACAGGAGGUGUGGAAGGACGAGGGGGAUGACGAGCGGUUACGGGCGAGGGAGGCGGCAGUCAUGCAGGAGGCGGUGGCGGCAGCUAGGCGCGCUCGGGAGGAGUUUGAGUCGGAGCGGCUGCGGCAGCGGGCGGAGAAGGGGGGAUCGGUCAGGACCACUCAGGCACCCGUGGUGGAGGUGGGGCCUCGACUCGAGGAUUUCAAGACGUCUCGCGUGCACGCCUCCUUCGUCUUGAAGCACGGGAGCACACCCGGAAUCAGUCUCAUGGGGGUGGAGACCGCCGUGGGCGACCCCUCGAAGGAGUUGGAGCGGCUGGAGGCGUCGGAGAAGGAGCGGGAGGAGGCGGAAGAGGAGGCGGGCUACCGCGCGGAGGAAAGGGGACAGGAGGCGUUCAUGCGGUGUAGGAAUCAAAGGGCCGCCCGAGUCGUGGAGGCGGAGCUGAAACGCCUGUCCGAGCUGGACCGCCAGCAUCGACUCAGGAACGGGGCUGCCGAAACCAAUCUCGCCGCGCUUCGGGAAAGGGAAAUCCGGCGCGCUCGGUUCGGAGGGGGGGGGCGCGGAGGAGAAAGCAUCCGUGUGCCCGGAACGGAGAUGACGAAUCUCCGGGAGAGGCGUCGCCCCGCAACCGGGGAUCUUGGGCAAGGAGCCCCGGGUUUGGCCCCGGAGAUCGACGACAGCGAGUGGCGGGAGUGGCCAUCCUGGUGGCCGACACCACCCCCGCCCACCCCCGCCGUCGCCGCCGCCGCCGACACUACCGCCGUCCACUCCUCGAUCCCCGCCGCCGCCGUUGCUUCUUCUUCCUCCGCAUGGCCGUACUCCGGACGCACACCGGGGCCGAUGCCACCGGAGCAAGAGAGACUCCGGCUGGUCCGAGAGACCCGGCGGGGGCUUGUCGAAGCGGCGGCCAGGGCGCAAGCGCAAGGGAGCGGCGGUGGCGGUCGAGCGGGGGCAGCGACGGGCGGGGAGGGCAGCGGCGAGGAGGAGGCGGGGGCUGGCGUCUCGCCGUACCCUGGUGACUCGGCGGCGGCUGGCGAGGUUUCUGUGUCCGGUGGCGGUGCUGUGACGGGGUUGUUUGCAACGGCGGAGGGGGUGACCGCAUCGGCGGCAACGGGAGUGGGGGGAGAACAGGACGUCGGCGACGGUGCGGAGGAGGAGGUCAGCCAGGCAGAAGAGACACUCAUGGCCGAUGCACCGGUCGCGGCUUCGGGAGCUCCCGGCGACGAAGAAUCGGCGUUCUUUAGUCAAGGGAAGCAGAAUGAGCCUGACUCCGGUUGGGACGCAGAUUCGGAGGGUUCCGCAGCGGCACCUUCUGCUACACCCAGCGGCGGCGGCGGCGGAGGCGGUGGUGGUGGCAACGGCAUCGCCGGAACGGCGGCGGAUUCACCUCAGACCCCUUCCCUACAGCAACGGCGACCUUUGGCGCCGACGGAGGCCGUGGCAACGGCAGAGUUAGCGGCGGGUUUUGAGCAAGGUUCGUGGUUCGCCAGGUCUCCCACGCCUUCGGCUGAAGAUGGGGGGAACGGGGGGGAGCAAGCAGCGGAGAUGGAGGCAGCAGCAGCAGCAGCAUCUGCGGCAGAAGCCCGGGCUGCUGCAGCUUUGGCGGCAGAAUCGCGGGCCGCGGCAGCUGCUGCAGCCGAAGCCCGAACAGCUGCAGCCGCUGCAGCUGAAGCCCGAGACGCGGCAGCUUCCGCAGCAGAAGCCCGAGACGCGGUCAGCAGAGCCAACGCUGCCCCUCCUUCCCCUGCGCAGUCCGCUUCGUCUAUUGCUGUCGCUGUUCACAACACGCCGACCGCAGCUAUAGACGGCGGGAAACCUUCGGGGGCUAGAUCGGGUGGUGAAAGCGCAAGCGGCAGCGGUGCUGAGGUGGAAGGAGCGGUUGAAGCGACAACACCGGCCCCUUCUCCAUUUGGUGACGCGCAAGGUCAGGUUGGCGCGGAGGAGUUGUGUUAUGAAGCUGUAACGGCGGGGGCAGCGAGGCGGCGCGCCGGCAUGGACGAGAACGGCGUCCGCAACAGCGGUAGCACCGGCGUGAUCGCGCGCAGCCCCUUCAAGCCGGUCGCUCUCCGACCUCGGCCUAGCCAGCCGCAAGCCGCCGCGUCCGCAGGCGGCGGCGCCGGGGGCACCGGGGGCGCGUUCGAGGCUACGGCGCCGUACAGCUCGACAUUUUCUCGGCGGCAGGGGGACGACGAGCGUACCGACAGCAGGGUCGCGGGGGGUGGCGAUGUCGGUCCACCCGGGCUCAGCGGUAGUAUCCGCACGGGGCGAGAGAGCGUGUGGACACCGCGCGGUACGGCUGCGGUUGCGGCGGCGGCGAUGGGGGCGAUGGGGGAUGCGGGGUCCUCGGUUAUGGCCGAGCCGGGAUCGGCGGGAGUCAUGUCUCCAACACAUCCCUUAAUGCCGCGGCGCGGUGUAGUAGAUGUUCGAGGAGAAGAGGGACCGGCGGCGGCGGCGGAGGCGGCGGUGCCCCCGCCGUCGCCGCCGCUGCCUGGCGGUGACGGAGGAGGGGUGAUGCGUGAGGGAGCGCGGGGGGGGGGGUCAGAGGUGGGCUCGAGCAGCACGUCGACGCUGCCACCGCUUGACCAGGAGCUGACCGAGCUGCUGGAGCGACCUUUGGGAGAAAACGGAAAACUUGGGUGA